AUGCCUCGUCCAUCAAUCCCUUCUCUCCUCGCCCAGGGCACCCUCGUGAGCAGCUUCACGGCAGUAGGCUUCUUCUUCGUCUACACCAAACACUGUGAAGUCCACGAACCCCUAGACCCUGCCACUGAGCCACUAUUUCAGUCGUCCUUUUAUCGCAGAUACAACCCGCACAACAACUUUUACAACAGCGAUGUGAUAGUCAGGCGUGUGCCACUAACACAUAUCCGACCGGAUCUCAUUGAGGACGCUCAGGCUGGAGGGAGUCGGCUCGUUGAGCAUUUCUGUGGCAGUAUCUGGAGUGGCUGGCCGUUUAUGGUCCAGCGCUACCUCCACGGGAGAGGCCACACAGGAUCAAGCCUUCCGCCUCCCGAUCCUGAAGCGACCUCAAGUCCGAUCAUUAACGAGGUUGCCAAGACAUCGAAAUCUGCCUGGUCGCGUGUGACCUCAACCUUCUCCUCGUCUGCUUCUAAUGAAGCGCCAGCAACACCGUCAACCGCCGCCACAUCGAAACCGAUCCAGGAGCCCGAGGACCUUUGGAGCCCUAAGGAUCUAGCCGCCUCAACUUAUCCUGUCGGCACCGCCAUCACCAAUCACUUCAUCGUCCUAGCCCAUACUCCCUCUUACGCACCCAACUCAAUCCUCGUCCGCUGUGGUUCCUCCCCUCUGAACAAUCCCUACUCACCCCGCGACUCAGACGGCCUUUUCGAGAUCUCAGCGCACUGUGACUUCGAGCACGGCUUCGCGGAGUUCAAGCUGAAAUCCAUCUUCUACAACGGCACGGACGAAGUCCGAGGCAAAGGAAAGGAGGACGGCAUGGGUAUGCCUAAGCGGAUGUGGUGGCUGCACCAGCAGUAUGCGAAACUGUGGAUGGAGGCUGCGAGCGGAAAGUGUCGAAUGAGCAAUAUGCGGAGCAUGGAUAAGCAGAGGCAGAGGAUACGGGAGGAGAUGAAAGAGAAGGAGGAUGCGAAGACGGCGGCGAAGCAGUGA